UCGACUCCCGCUCGCCAUUGUGAGGGUCGUCAUGUCGAAGCGUAAGCUCAGCCCCAAGAACGUCAGGAGCAAGACCCGCGUUCUUGGCUAAAACUUUUUUUUUAAAUCGGAAUUUUGAAAAUCACGCUUCGCUUCUUUGAACUACGAUUACUCGAUAUUGUAAUUUUACCCUAAUUUUGCGAUUUGUGAAUAUCACCUACGUACCAUAAACAUUUGCAAGAUAACUGUAAGCGCAGCUAUUGAAUCGCUUCGUCCUCGUAAAGAGCUUGAAGAUCUUUUCAUAUAGAUUCCUUUUUUCAGGAAAGUGAAUGUGCCCACAUCUGCGAUUAUCUUUACUUCGUAUGGUGAAAAGGAAUUUACCUAAAUCUCGUGAUUUCAAAGUUAUUGUGCUUAGAUUUCCAAGCCCCUGUGAAAAGAAUGUGACCAUUGAUAAUAAAAUAUAGUGACCCAACGUUUUUAUAUGAAUAGCGUCAACCACUUUACGAAUGGAUAUUACAGUGAAAUAUUUAGUGUGUGCAAACAGUGAAUUGGAUUAGUAAGAAAUUAGAGAAGGAAGCAUUUUAAAUGUAAAUCAGAGGAUUUAAACAAGAAAUAAUUACGACAACUGUGUUUCAAGCAACCUCAGCGGUUCGUAUUUCUCCCAAAUUACAUUCCUAAUUACAUCCUGAGUUUUUGUACAUUCCAAAUUUCGGGAGAAUUUUUGUCUGUGAUAAAUAGCAGUCCAAAAUACAGUGAAAGAGAAACCAGGAGGCGGAAGUGAGGUGAUUAGCAGCGAGAUAUAAGAUGAAGAGGUGAGUUUGUGGAUCAAUGAAAAUCAGCUCACUCGCGGAGAGAAGAUAAAAAAGGAGUGGAAAGCAAAGAGCCAAGACUGGAGAAGCAGGCAGGAGUGUGAGAACAAGGAAGAAAGGAAGGUAGAAAGGCGAUUGGAAGAUGAAGAGCUUGGUACUUCCAUCAGCCUUGAUCUUCGUUGCGGUGUCCCUUCUUUUAGCCACGAGUCUGUCGGCGGCCCCUGCACACACGCACGCAACCGUACCUCCAGCAGAUCAAUGCGACUGGACCGGAAGUGGUGGAAGUGGAAAAGGAGUUCGCCCAGUCUACCUGCGUUGCUCUAGGGGCACUGUAUCUUGGCGAUAUCCCCGAGGAGCCCUGCGAGUGGUACUUUCAGGAGGCGAAGGACUUCGCGGUUUUCGCGGAUGUGUUAAAGUAUCAGGCCCAGCGAGGGUCUACCUUGAAGGAAAAACUUCCCUGCGGCCCGUAUAUUCGCCCAAUGAUGGAAAGCACGAGGGUUAUCAUCGGUGCUUCUACUCGAAUGGCCAACUAGCCGCCCUUUAUGUAGAAGCUGAUGAACCUUCCUCUGGAAAAAGUAAGGUGAAACUUCAGUAUGACCUUGAAAAACAUGAAGAUGAAGAAGAAGCUGAGUGCAGACCAUGCUCGAAGGAAGAAUUGGCCACGGCUUACUGUCAAAGUGAUCUCGUGGCCAGAGGAACCGUCAGUGCAGUCGAGAAGAGACCGGAUCUGGAGGCUGCUGAACUGGUCCUCAGAGUCACCAAGACACUUAGACGCGUUGAUGAGAACGAGGAUAACGAAGUGGACGCGAGUAAUUCACGCCUCCAAAAAGAAGUUCGAGUGAGGGUUCCGACCACAUGUGACGCUCGUCACGGUCAAGGAGAAUUUGUGAUAAUGGCCAAGAAGAGAUUAGGGGACUUGACAUUAGCAUGUGCCCCAAGAUUGGAGACGUGGGCCGAAGCAGUCCGGGAAAUGGAAAGUGCACCUUGUGUUCUCCGAAGUUAGCGAUUUUGAAACAAUACCCGUUGUGACUUUCGAUAUAAUUAAGAAAAAAACAUCUGUGCGAAUUUCUCAGUUUGCGAUGACUGAGAGCAAUUCAAUCCUAAUAUCACAUCGUGCAAUGUCCAACUCGAUUACUAAACGCGUCUGUGAAUGCCCAAACGUAAUUGUAAGAAUUCGGUAGACUCUGAAAAAAAAUGUUCACGCGGUACGUUACAACAUAAUCUAUCAAAAUUUGAAAAUCAUUAGAGAAAUAUCCACGAAAGGCCUUUCAGAUUUUUUAAGCUUUUAUAGCGUUGAAGAGUAUAAGAAAAAAUCAGCUCCAAAGAAACAAAAAGGUCUUCUUACGAUUUUAGAAAACUCAAAAUUUAGAAUGUUUUAUCAACUAUUUUUAUAUGAGCUUUAUCCUCCAUCGGAGCUUAAUUAUUAUAAAAUAUAGUGAAAAUCCGCGUGAUGUAAAUAGGUGACUAUAUAUUUUUGUGCGUGUACAUAUCUGAUGUACUUCGAGAAUAAGAUACCGAUCUCUGAACUGUGAUAUUAUUGUAUUAUAAGAGAUUUAAAGAAACGGAUUUAUUGUCGUUUAUAUAUGUAUAAGUAUAUCUUUAAAGAGUAGAGAAAGUGAAUAAACGAAAGAGUUAAUUGGA